CUGUGCGGCCAACGCGACAGCGGCAGAGUAUAGUUGCCGAUGAAUUUCGGACUGGACAUACGUGGGAGGAAGAAAACCGGGUUAUAGGAGGAAGCGAACGAUCAAAAAGUAUCAGAGGCGGCAGCAAUGUUGUCGAGAGCCGCUUAUAAAACACAAGGCUGAGCCACACCCCACGCUGCAUCCUUCAUCCUCUUCUAACUGCGCCACAAAAAAAAAACCCAUCCAUCUCUGACAUCGUCCGUCCUCUUUCCUCUGAUCCAUCCCUCUAUCCCCCCCCACCCCCAUCAGAACAAAGCUGAACCCCUGCUACAGACCAGUGGUCCAGGCGGCAGUAAAAAGAACAAGGGGGUGACGAGACAAGCUGUCACUAAGCACAGGAGGGACCUUCACUUGCCGCUGGGUGUGAAAGAAACAGCUGCUUUUAACUCGAGCACAUGGGCCGUUAAUGAGCAGAGAUGGCAGUGAGACUGGCUGGUGCCACCCCUUCCUCUCGACCACCCUCCCUCCCCCAAACGGCCCCCGCCUGGACAGGUUGAGGUCGGUCCAUCGGCAUCCGUCGCAGCAUCCGCAGCAGGCUGGCUGAGCGUGGGAAGGAGCAGUAUGCAGGAAACUGACCUACAAGCUACAAAUGCCUUCAAAGAGUGCAAGUUCCACUGCACCAAUGGGAAUUGCUUGCGUCUGGGCUCGCUGAUCUGCAACCAGCUGAAUAACUGUGGGGACAACAGUGAUGAGGAAAACUGUCCUGUGGUGACCCAGCACCCUCCACCUGGUAUCUUCAACUCUGAACUGGAGUUUGUUCAGAUUGUCAUCAUCAUCGUGGUGAUGACAGUGAUGGUGGUGGUGAUCAUCUGCCUGCUCAACCACUACAAGCUCUCAACAUGGUCCUUCAUAACACGGCAGAGCCAGGCCCGCAGGCACGACCAUGCCCUGCAACAGGAUGGCUGUCUGUGGCCCACCGACAGUGGCUCUCGACAAGGUGCCUCGGAGGUAUUAUACGCUCCCCAGGCCAGGGAUCGCUUCACUGCUCCCUCCUUCAUGCAACGUGACCGCUUCAGCCGUUUCCAGCCCACCUACCCUUACAUGCAGCACCAGAUCGACUUGCCGCCCACCAUAUCGUUGUCAGACGGCGAGGAGCCCCCGCCGUACCAGGGGCCUUGCACGCUUCAGCUCCGUGAUCCCGAGCAGCAGAUGGAGCUGAACCGGGAGUCGGUGAGGGCGCCGCCCAACCGGACCAUCUAUGAUAGUGACUUGAUUGACAUAGGGAAUGGUGGUGGCCUGGGAGGGGUAGGGGGAGGUGGGGGAGGGUUAGGAGGAGGUGGCCCGAGGCCGCCCAGCAGUAACUCUGGCAUCAGUGUGGCUAACUCAUGCAGCCACGGGCGCAUGGAGGGCCCCCCGCCUGCAUACAGCGAGGUGAUGGGCCAUUUUCCCGGCUCCGCGUUCUUUCUACACCAGCACAGCAAUAACCAGAGAAUAGGGAGACCAGGAGGACUGGGGAGCAGGACGAUCCAGCAGCAGAGCCAAUCAGAAAGCACAAUAGUACCUGCCAAGGCCAAGGACGGCCAACCAGAGGACCUGGUGUGAGGAAAGGGGGAGGGGGCAGGUGGGCCCAACCACCCUGAAGUGAACACUGGCACUGUUUACCCCUGACAUGUAAGCAUUGGUCUCUGUAUCACUCUGUUGCUCUCAUGUCCUCUCUCCACACUCCCACGCACAAAAGAAUCUCCACCUGAGCUACAACAAAACAAGGAAAGAGAAACCAAGAGUUGAUUUCAUUUCACUUUCUAUCCAGCUGGCACCGCUGGGGGAUUUUUUUUGUUUUUAUUUGACCCUUCUCUUGGAGAGGGACAAACUCUGCUAGCACAGACUGUUUAGUUUGGGGAAGGUGUUGUGGUGGGGACAAGAGAAGUUUCCUUUUUUUGUCUCUUGUUUUUGCUUUUCGGACCGGGAUCUGUGCACAACGCGAGAACAGAGAACCCAGGACAUCCAGAGAAGACGACAAAACAAAACAAAGACUCACAAACCCAAAUCUUAGUGCCAAGGUUCAUGAGGAAGCAAAGCAAAGAGGGCAAAUAACAUAUUCUAACAUUCACAACACAGCUGAAGAAAAGUUCCCUAAAAGUUGCACUAUCUCUUUGUUGUUGGAGAAGAGGGACAUGAUGUCAUGUCAUGUGAAGCUGGUGUUUGUGUUUUCCUCUUUUUUUUUUUUUUUUUUUUAUUUAGUUUUGGUCGCUGUUUUCUUUCCUGCGUUUUUUUUUUCUUCUCCUUUCUUUUCAUGGAUGGACUGAAUGAUCGAAUGAAGUCUGGCUCCAAAGUUGUUGAACCGUUGGUAGCAAAAAACUGAAAGACUAAACGAGAAAAAAAAAUGGAACAAAAACUAACAAAUAUAAGCUUAUGUCCUUCCUUUUCUGAAAAGCGCAAGACAUCCUUGAACCCAGCCUGAAACAUGUUUGCUUACACCACAGGCAUACUGAAACUUAGUAAGAGAAUAACCAUGUACUGCUUUACAUCUGUUUCCUGGUUGGGGACAGAAAUCUGCCUUGUGACCAAGCAUUGACGUCUCCCAACAUAAAAAAAUACUAAUAUUUUGAGCCAAUGCUGGUUUAAUAGUUUAAAACUGUGUUCAGACCCCAUGGGCGACAUCAACAUGUAUUAGAUUUUCUUUUAGCGACUUGGUCACAGGAGAUUUUUCUUUCCAAAUCUGUCCUGUUCUCUGAGCACCUGACCCUUUUUUUUUUAUUUGUCGACAUGCACAGUGCAUCCUACCACACGGAACUCCGAACCCCGCCGCACUGACGGCGACAAGAAGAAGAAGGCUCAACUCUCCGCCUCACAUCAGCGAUGCCACACACGUACUCACACAAUAAGACGGAGCAAAGAUUGCUUAGAUGAGGAUUCCACAAAAACUGACUGUGGUUGAAGUCAAAGGGCUACCAGAGGGUCCUUUUUGAUAAAGAAACUACAAAAUCUAGCCUUUUUUCACCUCAUUGUUGCCUUCAAUCUCUGCUGUUGCGCUUGCUCUAUCUCACUUCAGCACAUUUCAGUGCACCUUCGCCUACCCCCCCCCCCCCCCCCCCCCCCCCCCCCCACCUUGCAAAGAUAAACUGCUCAUCGUCCAUCCUGCCAUUCGUGUGCAAAAAUGAUGCAGAGUCAGCCAAGCCCUUUAAAGCUGAGACUGGAGUGAAGUUGCCGUUUGGCAGCAUGCUGAUGCAGUCUUCUCCUUGCUGUAUGAGUGUGUUGGCGUGUUUGUUGCUCAGACCCUUGGCAACACUGAAAAGCACUUAAAGCACCUGCAUGGGUGUUGUACGUGUGCAUGUGCGUACCGCUGAGUGUUUUUAUUAGCUGACUGCUUUGAGUUUUUAGCAGUUAAGGACAUGACUUUUUGUUGUUUGUUGGAAUUCAGCAGAGCAAUCCCUCUAUAAAGCCCGAACCAGACGAGGGUCAAUAGCCAAAGAGAGCGCGCCGCGUGCAACAGGUUCCAGUGACCUGCACAAAGAUGGCUUCAGUUAGACAUUCAGUUGAUUCGGAUGUGUCAACAAAUCUACUUUCUGACCAUUCCAGCCUCCUCAGACCUGUUAAAGAUUGAAAUCUGCAAUUCUACAGAAGUAGUGACUCACGGGAUCAAAGCUCAGGGCUUAGAUCACUGCAUGUUCCUCUACUUUGCUCAAGCUACUGUCAGUUUCUUCUCUUAGCAUUAAAUCUUUUCAGAUUUAAAGACUUGUCUUAAGUGUAUCUACAUGUAAGGAACCAAGGCACAAUGUGGACCAUCACUGUCACAUCUAUGAAGUUUUGAGACCUCCCUGUUGUGUUUAGCGUGUGCGGAUCAGUGUUCUGUUAUGUCAGGACAGAGUAGGCUACUUUUAUCUUGACAUCGUCUUAUUUUGUUGUUUUCCAUACAUCAGAAGGUAGACUCUUACUGAUUCUUGCUGCUUGUUAAUUUAAACUUGCUUUUAUUCAACCAAGAAUUUGGGAUGUGAAGCUUUUGACACUUUAUGAUUCAAUUGUGACUCAGAAGGCUGCAACACGAUUAUCAACUCGUUCAAGUAACACGAGACACAACGAACAAACCGACAGACAACAGUAUCCCCCGCUCCCCUGCACCAAAGCAACCAAACCAUUCAGAAAAGUAAAUCUGGAUACAUUUUUAAAAUUUCUGUACCCCCAGUCCCUAAAAAAUGCUUGUGGCCCUCUACAUAUUCCUAACUAAUAGCAGGCUACAUUCACAGGUAAAUACAGACUACAACAUCUGGCACUUCAUCUGUGACCGAAACUAAUUUGGUCUCAGCAAUCUGGCAUUUUCUUAAGGUUUUUAUUGGGCUCAUUCAUGCUUGUGGUUGGAAUACACUGAGAAUUUAGCAAUCUUCUAAGACUACUCCCUGACACGCUGUGCAAUGUGGAUCUAAUAAACUCUGGUAUGAUGUCAGUUUGUGAUGUGUGCACAUUGUACCAUCACCGUCUACUACUAAAUCGGCUACAACGUACGACAAUAAGCAACCUUAUCAGCGUGUCAGCAUCUGCCAGCCAUCUAUUGCACCGGCUGGAUUUAAUAUAAACACACAAAACCAGCUGUUCUGCCACGUGCUCUACUGCUCAAUUCCAAAUCCAUUCACAACAAAAGCACAGUCAAAUAACUUUAAUAAAAAAUAGCCCUGUGGAUGAAUUAAAGAGUUCUAUUUGUAUCAAUCUGUUUAAUCAAACGUGAAUGUUCUUUCAAAAAUAAUAAAAAUUACUCCAGCAAAAUGUCCCAGUAUGGCGCAUCAGUCCACUGCAGGUG